AUGGAUUUAGGCUUCUUGGCUUUGGUACUUGCUGUUCUGCUGGGAACAUAUGUUUUCCUGUUUGGUUUUCUUAAGAAAGUAAACGAGUGGCGCUAUGUUAGCAGCCUGGGAGAGAAGAAACAUUCUCUCCCUCCAGGUGAUAUGGGAUGGCCUAUGUUUGGCAACAUGGGGUCUUUUCUCAGAGCUUUCAGGUCCAAGAACCCUGACACUUUCAUCUACGACUUGGUUAAAAGGUAUGGCCGAACUGGUAUCUACAAGACCUACUUGUUUGGAAGUCCAAGCAUCAUAGUUUCUACUCCGGAAACCUGUAGGAAAGUCUUGGCCGAUGAUGAACGAUUUGGACUCGGUUAUCCAGUAUCCACAAAGCAAUUAACAGGGAAAAAAUCGUUUCACAGCAUUCCAAAUUCAGAACACAAGCGACUGCGCAGACUAACAACAGCUCCAAUCAACGGCCAUGAGGCACUGGCCAUGUAUAUUGGAUAUAUUGAGGAUAUUGUGAUUAAUUCUUUGGAUGAAUGGGCUAGCAUGAAAGAGCCAAUUGAGUUGUUGAAGGAGAUGAGGAAGGUUGCUUUCAAGGUGAUAACACACAUCUUCGUUGGCUCCAGUGCUGAAUCGAUUCUGGGGACGGUGGAGAAGCACUAUACUGACUUGAACUACGGGUUGAAAUCUGCCGCCAUUAAUAUUCCUGGGUUUGCUUUCUACAAGGCUCUCAAGGCAAGGAAUACGCUGGUUAAGAUCCUCCAAGGUGUCCUGGACGAGAGGAGAUCCAAGAGUCAAGUUAAUGACCCAAAUGAAAAGAGAGGAAUGGUUGAUCUACUCAUGGACAUUGAAGAUGAGCAUGGCCAGAAGCUGCAGGAUGAGGAUAUAAUUGAUUUACUGCUCAUGUUCUUGUUAGCUGGUCAUGAAAGCUCAGCCCAUGCAGCUAUGUGGGCAAUCAUUUAUCUGCAUGACCAUCCAGAAAUCUUGCAAAAGGCGAAGGAAGAGCAAGACCAAAUCUUAAAGAAAAGACCAAGUACACAAAAGGGUUUGACUCUUAAGGAUAUUAGAGAAAUGAAUUAUCUUCAAAAGGUGAUUGAUGAGACACUGAGAAGGACUAGUCUCUCCUUUGCCAAUUUCCGACAGGCAAAAGUUGAUGUUAACAUCAAUGGUUACCUGAUACCAAAAGGUUGGAAGGUUCUGGUUUGGAACAGGGGUGUUCACAUGGACCCUGAAGUUUACUCAAACCCAAAGGAAUUCAUACCUGCAAGAUGGGAGAACCAUACACCCAAGGCAGGAUCUUUCCUUCCCUUUGGUGCAGGAAGCAGGAUUUGCCCUGGAGCUGAUCUGGCCAAGCUUGAGAUCUCCAUUUUCCUUCAUUAUUUUCUCCUAAACUACAAACUUGAACAAAUCAAACCUGGAGGCCCAAUGGUGUAUUUACCUCUUCCAAGGCCCGUGGACAACUGCCUCGCAAAAGUCACGAAGGUCAAAUGAUCAACCAUCAUGCAAAUGAUCUUCUUGUUUAUCUUGUUUGCCUCCAGCUCUG